UUGGUGAAGUACAGAAACGGUAUAAGUAUGACCAGCUAGGUUUAAUUUGUGUAAUUACUACAAAAUAUCUUGAUCCUUGUACAAGGGAGAUCUACAAGACCCCUGAAAUACUAACGGAGGAAUGCAAGAAAUAGGUAAUGUUUAAACUAUUAACUUUUGGUCGUGUGCAGAUAUGUAAAAGCGAUACAGAGUGUGUAGUGUUGAUGAUGAUGAUGAUGAUGAUGCUAGCGAUGGUGGUUGAAUGGACUUUUAUUUGUACGUUUGAUUUUGAUUGGAUGGUAUGUAUUCUUAUGUCGAGAAUACAAGAAGUUUGUUGUGGUUUUGCUUUGAUAGUAAUCUUAUUGAAGGCUUAGAAACAAGGAGGCGGCUGACCGGUCGAAUCGCUAACGUACCGCCGGACAAAACGAUCUGCGGUAUUUUGUCCGUUUUUAGUUUUGCGUGAUGAAAAAGACUCUUGCACUUCUCUGCAUUGGCAUACUCGUUUCAAGCACCUCGUCGCAGAAGCAAGAUCGCAGUAUGUCCGAUGCCAAGUCAGAAACAGAUUAUGACCGUUUGGAUGGAAGAAGAAGCAGAUAUAAGAGGGACAACAUAUGCAAAAGAUUGCCAUGUAAUAGUCCCCUUGAAUUAUGCUGUAGAGGUCAAGUUUGUGUAUGUGGAGGUUUAUGGACGAACUGCCAUUGUAAAGAUUCGAGCAGCGCAAUAACUGCAUAUAAUUAUAUAUGUAUACGUAUUUGUUUGUUAGCAUUUCUUUUACAAAUUAUGGACCUGCCCGAUCUAAGUGUCCGGCUAUUAUUCAGCAUCGUAAAGGCGUCUGUCUUUACGUUCUGGGUUUAAAUUCCGCUGAGGUCAACUUUGCCUUUCAUCCUUUCGUGGUCGAUAAAUUAUGUACCAGUUGCUUACUGGAAUCGAUCUGAUUGACUGGCCCCUCCCCCCAAAUUUAGGGCCUUGUGCCUAGAGUAGAAAAGAUUAUUCAACAUCGUAUAAAACUAAUAAAAUAAAGUCUGAAUUAUAAUGUUAAGACAUAAA